GCGCAGUUCACUACGCGAGUUCGCAACUCGUUUAUCCUUUUUGGGCGACCUCAGAGUGACGUUCGACUCACACGCUUAGCCUUUGGGGUCCCCCGUUCAGGCCUUCGUUGACCAUCCAUCCGGCCAUCCGCACGAGUAUCCAUCCAUCCAUCCAUCCACCAUCCCUUGACAUACUCUCGCUUGAAAGAAUUUAACAAAGAUGGCUGCACCCGCCGCGAACAUGCCCACUUUCAAGCUUGUGCUUGUUGGUGACGGAGGUACAGGGAAGACCACAUUUGUGAAGCGUCACUUGACUGGAGAGUUUGAGAAGAAAUACGUGGCUACCCUCGGUGUGGAGGUCCACCCCUUGACAUUCCACACAAACUUUGGUCAAAUCUGCUUCAACACUUGGGACACGGCUGGCCAGGAAAAGUUCGGUGGUCUGCGUGACGGUUACUAUAUCCAAGGACAAUGUGCCAUCAUUAUGUUCGAUGUGACUUCCCGCAUCACGUACAAAAAUGUGCCAAACUGGCACCGGGACCUUGUCCGCGUUUGCGAAAAUAUCCCGAUCGUGCUCUGCGGAAACAAAGUGGACAUCAAGGAACGUAAAGUGAAGGCUAAGGCUAUCACUUUCCACCGCAAGAAGAAUCUUCAAUACUACGACAUUUCAGCCAAGAGCAACUACAAUUUCGAGAAGCCCUUCCUUUGGCUUGCUCGCAAGUUGAUUGGCAACCCCAACCUUGAGUUCGUGGCUGCACCAGCAUUGGCUCCUCCUGAAGUUGCCAUCGAUGCUGCUCAGCUUGCGAUGUACGAGAAUGAGCUCAAGGAGGCGGCAGAACGACCUCUCCCUGCCGAGGAAGAUGACGAUAUGUAAUUCCUUUGAUCGAUUCCCCCUUCGGAUCUUAUCCCUAAAAUUGCUCGCGGGUGUGUUUCUUGCGGGUCGUCUGUCUCCGUACCCUCCGUUUUCUUUUUACCUUGUCAAUAGAUUGUGCAUAUCGGAAUUUUGAGGAGCAGAUGUAGUAAUAUAUGGUUGUGUUAGUUUGCCGA